AUGGACUCCGCCAGUUUGAAAUCCAGUCGGUCAUCCUAUGAGGAUACGAAAUACCGUUCUUCAGUUUCCUUUGACCCCCCGCAGCCGCCCGCAAGAAUGCUGAUGGAUGGAUACCGUGACGACCUUGUUCCGCAAGAAGAGAAACCGCGGUACAACCCGCUUAAUCCCACACAUCCCCGGAGUUCCGCCUUGCUCAACGCUAAUGACCCCGUAACCAUGUUCCUGCUGACGGAGAUGGCGCUGGGAGAUAGCAAGGGCUACGAGGUUCUGUCAUUUGAGGAGGUGGAGGAGUUGAAAAAAGAGUAUACCUUUCUCUCCGACAGCAGGGAAGCGACGAGACGGAAACUAGCGGUCGAGAUGAAACUUCGCGAUGCCACCCAAUCGCUCAGUAGGCUUCACAAGCCCAGGCAUUCACGACAUAAUGACGACCAUGACUUUGAUGACUCACUGCGAUCAUCGACGGGAAGUAUACGCCCAGGCAUAUUCGGAAGGAAAGGAGAAUCCAGGACCAGCGAAGAGAUUGUCUCAAGUACUCAUAAGUGUGAGGAGCUAGCGCAGGAACUCUGGAAUCUGGAGCGGAGGACUCAGGAAAUACAACGGAGGUUGUUGGAGCAUAAUGCUGGCAUUCUGCAAAUGACACACAAAGGCCUGAAGAAAAAUUUGAAAAAUCAGAAUCGGGAACUUGAAAGCAGUUUUGCCAGUGAUAACAAUGGAAACGCCAAGGAUUUCGAUGACCGGAGCUUAUACAGAACACCAGAACACCUCGACGAUCUCAGCCUUAACGGAAUGAGCACAAAUGGCUCGUUGGCACUUGGACUCGGUUCCAUUCAAGGCAUGGAAACAAAGCUUGAGGAGCUGAGCGGGCGGAUGCGCACUAUGAUUUUACAAACCAGCCCGGAUGAUAAUGCCGAUCCAGUACCCCAGCACGUCAGUGAUGGUGGGCCAGUCAAUCCGACAUCAACAAUCAUGGCACAUCUAUCAUAUAUCGAGAAUGCCUUGGACACACUCAAUUCCCAUAAAGCCGAAAAAUCGCCUUUGUUGGAAGUCGAUAAUGACACAUACCAACAACUGCACGAGCUGAACUCUCAGCUUCAGGACUUAUGGGGAAAAUCCGGGCAUGCUUACACGCCGAUGCCUCCACCCUCACUGGUUCCUUCUGGUGAUGAUGUAAAGGAGCAACUUUCGUAUCUCAGAACCGGAAUUGGUAACAUUGACGACAUAAUUGAAUCUCUAAUGGAACAAAAAGACAUCCUAAAAACGCAGAUCCAGCAGCAACGAGAACUCAACUCCAAGUCGGAUGCUGAAAGGGAUGCUCAUAUCGCAGACUUGACUGAACAGUUAGCGCAUGUCCGAAAACAGCUCGAAGUUGCAGAGAGUGAUUGCCAAGAUGCAAGAGACAACCUCGCUUUUGUGCAGGAGCAGUUAAACGCUUUUGAGCAAAGCAACGAGAGCGAAGACAACGCCAAAGCUCUAGCUUCAGAAAAAGAAGCACGUCAGCACGCAGAGUCCGAGUUAGAGCACCUGCAAGCUGCCUUGUUAGAGGCCCAAAGAGGAUUAGACGCCCAUGCUGAACUCCGCGAAACGCAUGAUCACACACGGCAAGAAGUAUCCCGAUUGGAAUCCCAACUUGAACAGACUCAGGCCGAGGCGGAUGCUCACGCAGUGGAAGUGGCCGCCAUGCGCUCGCAGAUGCAAAAUGAAGUAACACAGUUUCAAAGUACCAUUGACCACCUGCGUGGCGAAGUUGAUCAUCUACGCGGCGAGGCUGAUGCACGAGCGGAAGAACUCUCCAGGACACGUGAGCAUGCAGAUAGAGAAAUACCGCGCCUGGAAGCUGCCCUGGAACAGAUGCGUAGUGAGACAGACGCCCAGCUGAAGGACGCCACCACAGCACGCGCGCAGGCCGAAGAGAAUUCUGCUCGCUUGCAGGCCGAACUGACUGAACUUGAAGGUGAAAUUGUUAGAGUUCAGACUGAGCUUACAAUGUGCAAAGCUGAGCUUGAUGGAGCCUACGGUUCUCGCGCUCAGCGAGCAGCAGAGGCAUCUGUCAAUCCCGCAAUACAAGAGGAGAUUGACUACCUGAACACCAAAAAUCUGGAACUUACAGAGGAGCUUGCGGCCCUCAAGGCCGGACCUCCUGGGAAUAGCGAUCUCCAGAAACGAGUGGAGAUGCUUGAGAAAGAGCUCCGGGAGACUAUUGAUGACUACGAAGUCAUUACGAAAGCCAGCGUCGAGUUGGAAAAGGAGCGGGAGAAAUUCGAGAGUCUAAUUGAUAGCCUGCGUGACCGCUGUGAACAACUAGAGACACAGUUAAGUGAGGAGCGUAUAAACUCGAUGGGCACUGCGAGUCCUACGCCGUCGACCCGUGACGGUGCAUCCGAAACAACAUCUACCAUGGUGCUGAAGAACGAAUUUAAGAAAAUGAUGCGCGACACUCGUGCAGAGAACAUGAGAAUCUUAAAGGCCGAACAAGAAGAACGCCGGAGACUCGAAGCGCUGCUUCGUACUCUAAGAAAGGAGCAUGCCAGUGGCAAGUAA